AAAUUACAGUAGAUAUUACAGUAGAGAACUUUUAAGCACUUGUCGAUUGUGAAUUAUAGCUCGGCGAAAUCAGAACCUAAUUUGCUUUAAGUAUAUCUUUCUAUUUUUCUUCUUCGAUUAUUAUGCAGUCCGCCCUAUCUUCGAGAGCUAUGCUUCGCGCACCUUUACGUGCCAGUAUCGUAACUCUCUCGGCUCGGCAUGUUCGUCCAUUUUCUGCUUCUUCUACUUCGUAUCUCCAUUUAUGGGACCAUCUUCCCGGAGAGAGCGUAAAUGAGCCAAGCGAAGGUUUGGCCAAAUUAAAAGGUCGAAUGAGAGAGGAAAGGUUUAGAGUAAAGCCUCUGCUAAAUACUGCCGAGCACGACCGCUUUGAUGUCGUAAUUGUUGGGGGCGGAAUUGUUGGCCUUGCAACAGCUCGGGAACUACUCAAUAGAUAUCCCAAGAUGACGGUAGCUGUGUUAGAAAAAGAACGUGAGGUUGCUCCACACCAAACUGGGCAUAAUUCAGGAAUCCACGCUGGAAUGUACUACGAACCAGGAUCGACAAUGGCCCACACUUGCGUAAGAGGAAGCGAGCUUAUGUACAAAUUUUGUGAAGAAAACAAGCUUCCUGCGCAACGAUGUGGAAAGAUGAUUGUUGCAACCUCAGCAGAAGAGCAUAAGCAAGUCGAAAAACUGUAUAAGCAAGGAAAUGCAAAUGGGGUCAAAGGACUUGAAAUUUUUGACGCAAAACAGGUAUCCGAUAUGGAACCUAACAUUAAAGCAUACUCUGCACUGUACUCUCCUAACACAGGUAUCGUCGACUAUAGCUUAGUCUCAGACGCGCUAGCGAGUCAGAUACUAGAUUCCGGUCGGGCUGAUAUCAAGCUUGCCUUCGAAGCCACAAACUUUAAAAAGUUGGCAGAUGGCUCUGUGGAGAUCACGGGAAUUGAACCUUCCCAGAACGGACCUACCUUGCAAGUUCACGCCGGCAAUGUUAUAACAUGUGGCGGGUUUUACGCCGACCGACUUGCAGGUUUGACGGGAGGAAACGCCAAGAAGGAUCAAGUAGUGACGUUUCGCGGAACAUACUAUCAGCUAAAACCCGAAUACCGAACGAUGGUGCGGAUGAACAUAUAUCCCGUCCCCAGUGGUGGUGGUAUUCCAGUCGGUGUACACAUCACACCAACAGUUAACACUAGGCGUGGCCAUGCAUUAAUUAUCGGACCCGGUGCUUGCUUUACAUUUGCCAGAGAAGGCUACAAGUUCUGGGACUUUAAAGCAAAGGAUGUGAUACAAUCGUUCACGAAUCCUGAUUUUUGGGCGUUUGCGCUCAAGAACAUUUCGCUGUCAUUCGGUGAACUUUACAAGGACUUGAACAAGCGAGCUUUCCUUAGAGCUGCUCAAAGAUAUGCACCCGACCUGACCAUAGAUAUGGUAGAACCAAGCUUUACGGGUGUCAUGUCGCAAGUUUUCCGAGAAGGUGGUAUUGCGGCCAGUGACUAUAUUAUGGAGCGCAAAGUCUUAGGCGGAACAACUCUUAAUGUUCGCAAUGCUCCUUCGCCUGCAUGUACAGCAUCGUUGGCUAUUGCUGAAAUGAUUGCCGAUAUAGCUGCCGAAGACUUUCAAUGGAGUAAGGCAGAAAAGAAAUAAACUCGCUCUUUUCUUGAACCUUCAACAAGCCAAUUUGUGGCGACGAUAACAAUGUUUUACGGUAGAUGCCGAACAUUCGCAUUGGCUGGAACCGCUUUACCACUGCAUGAAAAAUCAGCAUCUAGCUGGCUCUUCCUCCUUAUCAAUAAAAAGUUUUGUUUGAUUUACACAAUGAUGUUGUCAGUUGUAA